UCCUGCAACUAUAUUUUGAUCUUUGCCCUUUUCACUCUUCGAGCCAAACAAAGGUUUGGCAAUUUGCAUCGGACGGAGAGAGAAUAUAAAAGCAUUUAUGCCUGCAAGCUAUCAUAUUCAUAUACAAACAUGGCGGCCAAUUACUAAAUUUUUUUAUUGCGAGGUAACGCCGACUUCCUUUUUUCUCUGUCCUUCUCUCAAGAUAAAGAAGAAAAAAAGGGGCGAUGACGUUAUAAAUAUAGAUCGAACAAAUCUACAAGUAUUUGGAGAGAGAGAGAGAGUUGUGGGUCGAGAGAGAGAGAGUUUGUCGGUGUUUGAUUUCCUCGUGAAAUUGCUUUCGAGAAUAACAACGUGGCUGCAAACCCAGAUGAUAAGAGCCUUAAUACGCAGGCUGUUUGUUGAAGCAACGUCACAAUUGCACCACCUCACUUCUCUGCGCAUGCUUCUCGUUUCUCUCUCUGUUGUUUCUUAAAUACUUCGUCCUAUUUAUUCAAUUACACACAAUCAACCUCCUAUUAUAAUUUACAGAGAAAUUUGGAGAGAGGAGAGAAAUGGAGGGCUGUGGUGCUGCAGUUGAUGCUGGUGCUGUGGGAAACCGCCGUGUGAGGGCGGCGGCAGGGACUAGGAGGAGGAGCCAGAAGCCGUACAAAGGCAUAAGGAUGCGCAAGUGGGGAAAGUGGGUUGCGGAAAUUAGAGAGCCUAAUAAAAGAUCAAGAAUCUGGUUGGGAUCUUACUCCACGGCUGAGGCGGCGGCUAGAGCCUAUGACACGGCGGUGUACUAUCUCCGUGGCCCCACCGCCAAACUCAACUUCCCCGAUGAAAUCUCUGCCGUAGAACCCAAAGACCUCUCCGCAGCGGCUAUAAGGGCCAAGGCGGCGGAAGUCGGCGCCCGAGUUGAUGCACUCUAUACUAACAAUUUCUCAGCAGGUGGUGGAUUUGGCCAAGAAGAGCAUGCAAACAGAUCCCUCAAACCUUCUUGGUUUCAAGAGAUUGUUGACCUCAACAAGAAGCCCGAGCCCGAAGAUUCAGAUGUUGAUUCUUGGUGAAGUUGAUGAUAGAGAAUCAACUAGAAAUAUAUUUUUUUUUUUAUCGUUUCUCCUUUUUAUCUCUGGGCUGUGUACUGGUUAAAAAACAUAAAAGAACCCCCAAUCGUAGUUUUGUUUAAUACUAAGGUAAAUAUUUAGCUUUUCCUAA